AUGGUCAAGGUAUAUAUUCUUAAAAUAUUUGCAUCAUGGUACAGUAUUGGCCUGAGCCACAUGUUUUACUCUCAAAAUAAUAAUUCAUACACCGACGGAUCGGAAAUGUCCGAUUUAUUUGAUGAUCAUGGAGACUACACGCCCAGUAACGUGACAAGGCUCUGGAUAGACCGUUCAACGGGUAAAAUAAGUGAAUCUAAUAUGUUAAUGACGGAGGAUGAACCCUUGUAUGUGAUUUAUGCCGAUGCCAUUUUAGGAAUAGUUCAGAUUAUGAACACGAGCCACCUGGUUGUUGUGACCGAAUCUGAAGCAGUGGCUGAUUUAAAACUAGGUAAUUUAAGUUUUAGUGGUAAAAAUAGGGGUAAAAUUAUGACCAUUAAAGAAGUCAAAUUUUUCCCAAUAGAGUUCAACUCGGAUAACUUUCAUAAACACAAUAAUAGGGACUCGCAGAACACGUGCAAUCCACCUAAUGUAUCGAACAAUAACAAUACAAGUAAUGGCCGUAGAUAUUCAGGGAGUUCAUCAAGUGAAGAUUCACUGGACAAUUUGUAUUACCUAUUAAUAAAAAUUUCAAAGAUACUGUCGAGCGGACAUUAUUACUCGUACGACACCGACUUGACCAAUACCAUGCAAUCACUAUAUCUAAAUGGACACAUUCCACUAAAAAAUACUGCAAAUGGCAGGAGUGACAAUUUUAUAACUGAGGAAAUUCUGCUGAUGAACGAAAAGCUCUAUAAGGCUGCCAGACAGGACUUUAACUGGUGUUUCAUGAUAUCAAAUAAACUUCCCGACCGGUGGAAAACGGUGGUAAUUCAAGGGUACGUAGGGUACGGAGCCAACGAGGUGAACUCUGAAAAGAUUGAGACUCUGAUAAUAGGACGGAGAAACAUCAAGAGGUCGGGUACAAGAUUCGUGAGUAGAGGAAUUGACUCCGAUGGGAAUGUGGGGAAUUUUGUAGGUUCUGAGGUCAGGCUCAGAUUCGGUUCCGGAAGCUGGUACUCGCACACACAGAUAAGAGGAUCAGUUCCAGUGUUUUGGGGCCAAACAGGCACCGGGAAAAAAAUUGAAUUUUAUGAUAAAUUGGACAAUUUGACACCUUUCUUUGAGCACAUUAAGAUACUAAAGGAGUACUAUAAGCCUUGUACUCACAAGUUGUUCGUAAGUCUAUUGGACGUAAAGAACAGUGACAACGAGAGCCUGUUGAACAGCAUCUUUGAGAAUGUUUUAAACGGAUAUAACACGGUGCUUGAAGAACAAAAUUCGCAAGAGCCAAAGAUAACCUUUGUUAACUAUAACUACAACAGCAAUGCCAAGUGGAGCACACACGAGAUUGUAAUCCAAUUUGUUCUCGAUAACCUAAUUGAUCACUUUAGCAACAUAGGCUUCUUCGACGAGGAACAAUAUCUCAAAUGGGUCCGAAAUGGCAGUGGGCCUCAUAGAGAAGAUACUAAUGGGUCCAAGGGUCAAAGUAAAAGGGGGUUACAAAAAGGUAUUUUGAGAACAAAUUGCCUAGAUUGCCUUGAUAGAUCCAAUAUAUUUCAGUGGCUUGUCAGCUGGGUCACCGUCCACAUGAUAAUAAACAGCCGUAGCAACGACAAUAGCAUUAAAAUUAAAAACAGGCUUGCCCACAUGUUAUUUGGAAAUAACGGUGGAGAGAACGAUACCGAGUACUUCACAACGUUCAGAAACCUCUGGUGCGACCACGGCGACUACAUAAGCAUUCAUCAAACAGGCGCACCCUGCACUCUAUCUCAAAGGAUAAAGCAGCCGGACACUAGUCUUAAUUCCCUGUGGUACUACGGCAAGGUGAUGGCCAAGAGGCACUACCACUCAAGGUUUCAGGACUUUAAGAGGCAAGAGGCGUUCGAUAUACUAUCUCAGUACUGCACAACUCACCCGCCCAGCCAAAUGUAUCAGAAAAAUGCAGAGCCAGCAGAAAUCGACACCAAGCAUCAGAGCAACUAUCCCUUUGGAAUCCCAGAGGGAAUGAAAACGCAUUAUUACCUUUCGGAAUUUGUAAGUUCCAUGGACACUGAACAUUCACCAAAAACCGGUGUGCGUGCUCCACCAGAAGUAUUUCCGGUAAAUGUCAUAUUUCUCGACAUAACUAGAAAUGAGAGCACUUUCGGCUACGACGUAAUUUACCGAGGCAACAAGGUCAUUUUCAAGGCCCGUGAGCGGUUUUUGUUCGGCCUUAUUAAAAAGGGCCCAAGAACCAUCUGGGCGCCCAAGCCCGGGGACUACGCAGACAUAGUACUAAUCAAGCCCGGCUCAGACGGCAAACCUGUGGUGAGAGUUUAUUUCCCCAAACGAGUAAAGGACCAAAAGUAUAUUUACCUUGAGGACCUUUCUCAGACUCAUGAUGGAGGUUCAAUGCAUGGCCUCAGCGAAGGCGACUCUGUUGAACACGCCACUGCUUCCAAACCUGGGCCGUUUGAACACCUAGGACACAAGGGACUGGAACUUCCUAAACCACUUAAAUUUAAGGAGGUCAGCGUUGACAUUGAUCAGCCCUUUAGUACUGAUGACCUUGAAUACAAGUUCGACCCGUCAACCCAAAGUCACACCUUUACUGCCAACCAGGGGGUUUUAAUAGACAAGGUUACCAAGAGUGAUAUAGUUUUGUGGGAUCAUUUGUUUUAUUUUCAAGGAAAGGCCACCCGGGUGUUUGUGGGACACAACGAAUACGGCGAGAGUGUAUUCCGAGUGUACUUCCAAGGGGCUGUGCCUUCACACAUAAUGCAUCCUCCCAAGCCACAUCCUGAAAUAGUAUUUAAUAACUCUGAAGUCACAACUGAAACCGAAUCUGGGUUUGAGUCUGAUGGACUAGAACCCAAGCUAAUUAGAGUUGACAUCAAACAAAGAAUAAGCAGCAAUUUUGUCAAUUAUCAUUACGAUUCCAAUCUGGACACUCACACAUUCACUUCAAUCAAUCCGUAUUUGAUAGACGUCGUUACGAGGGGUAGUGAGGUUUUAUGGGAUUGUAAAGAUCAUGGUCACGAGUAUGGCUCUCAGGUGCUUAUCUUCAAACAAAAGAACGGUAAAAAAAUGUUAAGGGUAUAUUUCAGCAACCAGAUUCCUGAACCCCAAAAUUUCGGACACACUUGGGAUCCAGGUCAGUUAAAAGAAGAGAUCGCCGAGUUUGAAGAGGUUUAUCUUGACAAAGUGCCGUACAUUCCCAAUAUUGUCAUUGAAGAUAGUAGGGCUUAA